AAUAAUAUUGGGGGCAAUACUGUCAUUAGACUCAAGGAGAGCCCUCCAAAACCCUAGUGUAACUCACUUUGUUUUGGUUCUCCAUAUUAGGGUUUGGUUCCUCUCCAUCUUCACUGAAGAGCGGCUGCAACUUCAUCAUACCCUAAACCGAAAUGGCCUCAGAGAAGAAAUUGCAGAACCCAAUGAGGGAAAUCAAAGUGCAGAAGCUUGUUCUCAACAUCUCUGUUGGUGAAAGUGGAGAUCGUCUCACUAGAGCUGCUAAGGUGCUGGAACAACUCAGUGGCCAAACACCUGUUUUCUCAAAAGCAAGGUACACUGUUCGAUCCUUUGGAAUUAGAAGGAAUGAAAAGAUUGCUUGCUAUGUCACAGUAAGGGGUGACAAGGCAAUGCAGCUUUUGGAGAGUGGAUUAAAAGUGAAGGAAUAUGAACUUCUGCGAAGAAACUUCAGUGACACUGGCUGUUUUGGCUUUGGUAUCCAGGAGCACAUUGAUCUUGGAAUCAAGUAUGACCCUUCAACUGGUAUUUAUGGAAUGGACUUCUAUGUUGUUCUUGAACGCCCAGGUUACCGUGUAGGCCGUCGCCGUAGAUGCAAGUCUCGUGUUGGGAUCCAGCACAGGGUUACAAAGGAGGAUGCUAUGAAAUGGUUCCAGGUCAAAUAUGAAGGAGUGAUCCUUAACAAGGCCCAGACAAUAGGCUCUUAAGCAAUCAACAGAUCUUUAGAACCAUGUGAGAUUUUGCAAUCAUAGAUUGACAUUUAGUAGACAGUGGUUAUUUCUUAGAUUUUGGCAAGCUUGGUUAAUGCAUUUGGUGAGAUAUCUUUUGUUUUUUUCAAUAUCAUCCAAGAUUUAUAUUAUUCAGAUGCUCUCAGAAGUUUUUAUUACAUUGUUUGGACAUUGAUUUGCCUUGAGAUUUUGCAAAUUUCAUUCCCUUUAACUAUUA